GCGGUCCUGUGAUUCAGCCUAGUUUAACAGCACCAGUGCCUGGAAAUUCAAGCUCAGUCAGUGGUUGAAUGUGGGGAGAGAACAUCUAUUGUGGAGGCGUGCUCCAUACCUCUGACGAUUUAAGGAGGACGUGAAACAUUAUUCAAGUGUGCUAUUGUUCAUUUGCCACCGCAAAAGUCUUUAUUUAGAAGACAAUCUUAAGUCUCAACAUGGAACCGAGGAAAAAGUGCAAAGGUCUAAUGGAACGUCUUCGUGAUGGUGAGACGGUCAUUUGCGCGGAGGGAUAUCUCUUCGUGUUUGAGCGACGCGGUUACUUGACAGCUGGGUCGUAUGUACCCGAAGUCGUUCUGGAACAUCCUGAGUUAGUCCGACAACAAUACGAGGAAUUUGUCCACGCCGGAAGUGACGUUGUACUGGCAUUUACUUAUUACGCACACCGUGAAAAGAUGGCGCUGAUUGGUCGAGAGGACGAUCUAGAACGAAUCAACAAGCGUGCGCUGCGCAUAGCACGUGAAGUAGCUGAUGCAACUGGUACCCUGAUGGCCGGUAACAUCAGCAACACCAACAUCUUUGUGGACACCGUACCCAAUUAUCAAGAGAAAGUCUGGCAAAUCUUUAAAGAGCAGAUAGAGUGGGCUGUGGAUGCUGGGGCUGAUUUCAUAGUAGGAGAAACUUAUGACAAGUUUGGCGAAGCGUUACUGGCUGUGCAGGCAUGCAAAGAAUUUGCAAAAGAUAUUCCAUGCGUGGUGACCCUUGCUGCCCAACAGGGUCAGGUGGGCGGGAAGCCAGCCACUCUGGACGGCGUGGAGUACAGUGAGGCAUUGAGCCGACUAGUGGACGCCGGGGCUGACGUGGUGGGGCUGAACUGCGCACGGGGACCAGCCACCAUGCUGCCCAUUCUGGAGGAAGCUGUCAAAGUUUGCAAGGCGCCUCUUGCUGCUGUGCCUGUGAUGUUUCGUACGACCAAAGAGGAGCCAAACUUUAUGUCGUCCAAGGAUCCACUGACAGGUGAACUAUUGUUCCCCGUGAAUCUGGACUGUAUCCAGUGCAAUCGUAAGGACAUGCACGACUUUGGUAAGCGAGUCCAGGAAGUGGGCAUCAAGUACGUGGGUCUGUGUUGCGGCAACUCGGCUCACCUCACCCGAAGCCUGGCCGAGAGUCUGGGCCGCAAGCCGCCUGCCUCCCGCUACACGCCAGAUCUCAACAAGCACUGGCUCUUGGGAAAAGACGAUAAACUACCCUUACUGGGCCAAGACUCAAAGAAAAAAUAUGCCCAAACCUUAAGUAAAGUUAAUUAAACAUCAAGUCAAUACUUUCAGUUUUAUCUACAAACGUUGGGACGCAUAUGCACAAAAAGUAAAAAAAAAAUGAUCCAAAAUGAUUAUGAUAACUCUGAGGAAACUACAGAAAUGUUUGCUCCUUACAAAACAUGACAUAAUUAUUUUAUUUCAUAUUAAAGUAUAAGAGAAGGAAACUUUACCGAAGUGUAAUGCCAUCCUUUCUGCCUAAACCUUGAUGCCAACAUGAAAUAAACACGACAAAAUGUUGACCCUCUCAUUGAGAUAUUUCGUAAAUUCAACGGCUGUUUGUUGCCAAGACCCAUACAGUUAGUAUCUCAAGUAUUACAUUUACAGCAUUAAUUAAUGU